UUUAGCUGAUAGAAAGAGCAAGUCGCGAUUAAAAAGAUGGGCGUCCAACUUCUCAGGAUUUCCCCUUUCUCAUCUCCCAGAAUAUUAAUUCCCACUCCUAGCACCCACCUGACCCGAUUCCUCGGCCACAUUCAUUCUCGCGGAGGCUCUAUUUCUGGUUGUCUCCACGAAUCCGGGUUCAAAUCUUCGUCAAAAUCUAUAUCUCCUGCAAUUUCCGCAACUGGGUUUGGUAGGUACGUUCAGCAGAAGACGAGAAGCUUGAGAGGUGGAGUGGUAUCCAUGGCUGCACCUGGUUCUGUUCAGAAAUCCGAAGAAGAGUGGCAGGCAAUUCUCACCCCGGAGCAGUUCCGGAUUCUGCGGCAGAAAGGAACCGAGUACCCGGGCACUGGAGAAUACGACAAGUUUUUUGGUGAAGGGAUCUAUAACUGUGCAGGUUGUGGGACUCCACUCUAUAGAUCCACCACAAAGUUCAAUUCCGGCUGUGGCUGGCCAGCUUUCUAUGAAGGCCUCCCUGGAGCUAUAAAUCGCACUCCCGACCCAGAUGGGAGGAGAACUGAAAUUACAUGCGCAGCUUGCGGUGGUCAUUUAGGUCAUGUUUUCAAAGGGGAGGGUUUCCGAACACCUACUGAUGAACGCCAUUGUGUGAACAGUAUCUCCAUCAAGUUCGUUCCUGCAUCCUCCUCUCCGUCCCUGUGAAAUUUAUAUUGUAAAUGUUGCUUCUAUGCAUGCAGAUAUUAGUUCUGUUGAUGAAAUUUGGACUGUGAUGAUAGUAUGAUACUCUAUGGCUUUGAACUUGGAACAAAUUUAAUGUCUGUAUAAAUUGGUUAGAACCAGGAACAUCAUCAAUUCAUCAUCA